GCACACUUGUGCCCAUCUCUUGCCAAGUGUGUACCAGAUUUUUCACACGCUACACGCCUAUUAUUGUAGUAAUUCGUUUAGAAUUUUAUUUUUCGUAUUAGGGUCUAGAGAAAAAUUCAAAUAGAAAAAAAUCGUUAAAAAAAGUAAUUAGAUUUUGUAAUAAUAUAGUUCAUCUGUGAAUUCAGGAUUAUGGUGAAAACAAAUAAAUAAAUCUAAAAACUCGGAUUUCUUUUCACUGUUGAAAGAAAAAUUAAAUUAAGAUCUGUAGCGAUGUCUCCCCUCACAUUUGCCCUGCUGCCUGUCCUGGUGUGUGUGACUACUGCCCUGUUUGAUGCUGACUUCUGCGCCAAGAACAUGGGACCCUAUGUACCCCCCAGCCCUGAUGAUCCCAAGAUGCCGCAGUUCUUCGACAACUUCUACGUGUUCACUGAGAGCAAAACUAUGGGCCAGAACCGUGUGGACUACACGGAACAGUACUACUCGCAGCAAUCUCAAUUGGCCUAUGCCAAUUUGAUGUCGCCCAGUACGCCCGCACAGAUCUGGGUGGACGCCAACUACGACGAAGUUUCUGUCGCUCCAGUUCUCCCUAACGGAGUGGCCUGUACUGACGUUUUGCUGGAGGACAGCAUAUUUUUCUCUCUCUUCCACGCCACGCCAGCCAAUGGGCACUUCAGUUUAAACACACCGGCAGCCGUGUUCGGGUGGGAAAAAUCUUUGCUGAAAAAUAUAACUUACAAAGGCAAGAGUUCUGUAAGAGGUAUCACAACAGAUAAAUGGUGGACUUGUGAAUGGUUGGCAUACAAUGACACUACUCUAUUCACAGAGUGGCAGAUAGUUGAUCCUUCAAAGUUCCUUCUACCUGCGGUGUCCAAGAACAACUCAAACAACGCCCCUAUCUUACCUGUCAGGUCCACUAUCACCACACAGGACAAGUCUGACCCAACCAACCAGAUAGUCCUUACCACAAUGAUCGAUUUCACCCAUUUUGAAAAAAUCCAGCCAAAUGAUCGCCACUUCAGGCUACCACCUGAUAUGAUCUGCGCCAACGCACCCUCGACUCAAAUCCCGUUACCUCAGAUGCCCAACUACUUCCGGUUCAGAGGUGAACAGAUCACAUUGGAAGGCUACAAGUCAUCCAACCCAGAUCCACCUCUGCUCACCUACACAAUUGAAGAAUACAUCCACAACCAAGCCUUGUUUAUUCAAGAUUUUGUAGACCCACCUGACCCAAACACUGGCAGUGACAAAUCUUAUUUAAGAAUAGUCUCUGACUUCAACACAGGGUUAGUCUUUUCAUUGAACUUAAAUUCCGGCCAGUGUACCAUUAACCCCAUUGAUGCUAGCAACAUUGGCGCCUUUGCCCUAGCUGGAGGCUUUGUGAAGAUGAGGGAUGCCAGUCAGUUCUUUGAUCUGGAUUCAAGCAACUACACUUACAUGGGUCUGAACCGUGUUGAAGGAAGAGGAAUAGAAUGCAAUGUCUGGAGCGCUUACUUCAAUACCUAUUCACCAGAUCAUGCAAUGAACACUCUGUACACAUGGUACUUUGCUACUCCUGAUUGGAUGGUUCAACAGGGAUACCAGAAUCCUUAUGACAUGCCAGUGUUGCUUGAGUUGACAUCUGUUGAUAGGCAAAUCAAGUUCCAUUUCUUUGAAUACUCUACCCAACAAACUACUAGAAUACCUGACCUUUCUACAUGCUUCACGCCAAGCAGCACCAUGAAUAUACAACUGCGAAUCAGUGCAAGCUUUUACCAGGUUUACUUAGCAAACCCUGCAGGAUUUAGAAAUGCCUUCACACAAGCUCUGACAGGUUUCACCAGUUUAAAAUCAUACCUCCGCAUUGGAGACUUGGAUUUUUUGCCAGCUGACAACAAUGAAAUCUUGGUACAGUUCAAACUUUUAGACAAACCAGCUAUAUCUGGGGACGUACAGAACCCAUUGCCUCAGUCACCCAACUCACAAAUCUUUGCAGAGCUGACAAACAAGGCAAACACUGGCGCCUUCUACUUUGAUGUUCCCAAUGCUCUUGGACAACCGGGGAAGGUGACUGUCACGGUCAAACAAAACUCAGUGGUCAUCAUCACUGUCCCACAAACCAACUCGGGGUCAUCGAGGGCAUUGUCCCGUUCUGACACAAGUGCUAUACACAUAGCCUUGAACACACAAAACAAAGGCUCUUCUGGCUAUUCGUCUGGGUCUAUGGCAGGUAUUGGCAUCGGCAUGCUUGUGCUGGGAGUUGUGUUAGGUUUUCUGGGUAUCUUCCUCUUCAAGAAGUUCAGGCGUGUUGGCGUUGACUCUGUGAUGAGCAUGCAGCAGCUGGAAAAUGAGGCAGAGUCCUAGAACAUUCUUUAGGGGAUUAUAUAAUAAGAGACAUUGCAUAGUACUUAGACUAUGUAGGCCUACUGCGCUAAGAUUUUACUUUGUGUGAUUUUUAUGUGCCAUAAUGCAAGUUUUAAAAUUAAAACAAACUUCUGUUUAAACUACAAUUACAAGUAUCUUGUCUAAAAAAAAAGGUUUUUCAUUUUAUAAAAUGUAUCUUUGCUUUAGUUUCAAAAGGGAAUAAAGAGCCUUUUUUUUAAUAUACUCACACAGCUUGACAAUAUUAACUCAUAACUAAAGUAUAUUGUUUUAUACUGAUAAUGUUGUAACAAGCAUACUAUGCAUCUGUUUAAAAAGUUGUGUUGUUGUAUUUAUACAUUUUUAAACUUACUGCUAAUUUAUCUAAACAUCUUUUAAUAUAAAUAAAUUGUAAAAUCAUCAAUAAUUUUUAUUAUUGGUUAAUGUUGGUUGUCUGACUACUGGUUAGAUGUGUUUGUCAAAUAAAUUUUAUGGGUUUAUGAAAUUAAAUUAUAUGUUAUAAAACUGAUCCUUGUUAAUUUGUUUUAAUCUAAUGCUUUAGGAUGAUCAUAAUACUGUUGUUGUAACGUUUUUAAUUGUUUGAAAUAUAUAUUUAGGGGGUUCCCAGCCCACUAAUGGCUAAUAUUGUAAAAAAGCAAUUACUUUUGAAACAAAUAAAAAUUGUAUUAAGAGGGUGGGAAGGCUGAAUUGUGACAUUAUUUAUGAAUAAUCCAUAUAUGAAAUUCAAAUUUUAUUAAGAUGAAAGUAUUAUGAAAAUGAAGUAGAAUUUUGUAAACCACAUAAGGGCUAGACCACAGUGUAUUUUAUUAAAAACAACAUGCAAUAG